AGCGCCGCAGACCGAUGCCAGAGUGGGCGGGGCGGGGUCCACCACCUCGCUGAGGGCCGGCUUUGGAAGGUCGGCGCGUAGGGUUAAGAAUGAGAUCUGUAAUCGUCUACUGACGCCUCCCUUGGGAUGAAUCCAGAACUUUCUCUCAAGAUUCAACUCCCUCAGCCCAGGUGCUGUCUACUUCUCAACUGUCACUACUACAUCCAUCCUUGGAUUUCCCUAAACCUACCUCCGUGAGGCGACAGCCACUAGAAACAGUUCCAGGAAAGCCUUACGAUCUGAAAUUACAACUUCCAGAAUCCUUUGCGCGCGGCUAAGGGGCGGUGAUUCCGGAGCCGUCUUCCGCUAAGAGAUGGCUGAGUCCUCGGGGUCACCGCACCGCUUGUUGUACAAACAGGUGGGCUCGCCGCCCUGGAAAGAAGCUUUCAGGCAGGUGAGUGUGAGAUGUGGAUCGUAAUCACUUCCCUAAUGGGGUCCCAAGGACCGCUGUCCUCUGUGCCCUCGCUUCAGCUCUGGUCCGUCGUGAAGCAGCAGAUGACCGGAGCGCCUGGCCAGCGAGGUGUUUCUCAAAUUCAAGACUACGGCAGCAGCCCCAGGUCCUGGCCACCGCCCGCUACCUCUCGGACUUUUGGCUGGAGGAUGUCUCGAGAGAAUGAGAAACAGCCGGCACAGGCUCCUGAACAAGUACCGCCAGGCUGCAGGUGGCAACCCAGGGAGAGCCUCAGACAAGUUUCUUGUGCAAGAAGUGAUGGAGGAAGAGUGGCAUUCUUUGCAGUUGGUAGAGAAUUGUCCGGAGGCCUUGGUUCAGUUGGGAUUGCCAGAGGACCUAGCUGUGCUGCAGGACAUUGAACAGGAGCUGUGUGAUGAAGAAAAGUCCAUCAUAAGCGAGUAUGAGAAGAGUUUACAGUUUGAUGAAAAUUGUCUCAACGCCAUGUUGGCUGAGUGGGAAGCAAACCCCCUCAUCUGUCCUGUGUGUAUGAAGUACAACCUGAGAAUCAUGAACAGUGUGGUCACGUGUCCGUGUGGCCUGCACAUCCCACUUCACUCUCCAGAGCUGACGGAGCAGAAGCUGCGGGGCUGUUUGGAGGAUCAUGUAAACGAGCACAGCGCACACUGUCCCCACAUGCCUGAAUUUUCAGUCACCGGUGGACCAGAGGAAAAGCCCAGCCUUCUGAUGAGCUGCCUGGCAUGUGACACUUGGGCUGUGAUCUUCUAGUCAUCCUGGCCUCACCUUCACUGCUGGGCUGAGAACAACUCAUUCCCUCUGAGAGGGCCCCUGUAUGCACAAGCCUUUUGUAUGUAACUUAUUUUAUAUUAAAACUUUUCAAACAUCU